CAAGCGAUGAGCACAUUUCCUGGUCAGCAGCCGCUGGCUCGUGCCAACGGUCAAGAGAGGCAGAAGAAAUCCCUUCAGAACAGCUCCCUCUCAAAAGACACCCUUCUGCUUGAUGAACCGCAGGGAAAGGCGUCCUAAACCAGGCACUUUGACCUUGUUUUCAGCCCAGGUUCCCAGUGCUGGUGCACUCGUGAGCCAGUCGCUGCCCAUCUGCCACCAAGGGGAAUCGCCUCCGAGGCCAACUGUGCCAUGGGGAAAGGAAAGGGUGAGACGUCGGGAGAGUUUCAUUUAGUGCACAACACGGAUAAAGCCAUUCUUUCUGCAAUUAAAACUGAGGGUAUUUAAUUGAGUGAAAUGAGAUUUCAUUCCCCAUGACCUGUCUGAUUGUACUUUGAAUCUGGGCACGGGCUGCAGUGACCUGCCACAACAUUUGAGGUGUCACCAGCUGCAUUGUAGGUGGUAAAGUGGGAAAGGCAGGAGGGAGCCUCAGCAUCUCCCAUCCCGUGGGUGACUUCAUCACAAAGGACCAGGGCGGCGCCCGCUGGCUCCUGGGGCGGCUGUUGCCAGGCAACAGAGACACUAUAUUGUCCCCUGUCACCUGUGCCCCUCGCCCAUUUGGUCACUGGCCGUGGUGGGAUCACUUGCCGUGGUGGGAUCACUGUGGUGGUGGACUCAUUUUGGCAGUUGGAUUGCUUUCGUGGUGGGAUCGCUAUUGGUGGUUGCACCACUUUUGGUGGUAGGAUCGCUACUGGUGGUUGAACCACUUCUGGUGGUUGAACUGCUGUUGGUGGUUUUAUCACUUUCGGAACUUGGAUCUGUUUGGCGACUGGAUCACUUUCAUCACUCGGAUUGCUUUUGGCACUUGGAUCUGUUUGGUGACUGGAUCACUUUCUGUGGCAAGGAGGAGGAGGAGAAAGGCUGCUGGCUGCCCAUCCCUCCAACAUCAUCUCCGGACAGAAGAGCUCCCGUCUUCCCACAUCCAGUUCAGUGUUUUCGGGCAGAGCAGCAGCGAUGGCCACACGUGGACUGCUGGAGAUGCUGAACGCCGCCAUGGGGACACCCCAUUUGGGGGUUGUCGACUUGGUGGCACUGCACAAAUUGCUUGAGGCCAUCAUCGGGCAGCUGGGCCAGCAGGAGCUGUCUGUCCUGGAGCCAGAGCAGAGCCCGACCCCCGGCCUGGCAAAGGAUCAGGACAGCAAGGCCCAGCCUGGCCAGGAGAAGGAGGAGGAUGGAGCCCUGGGCACAGGGCAGCACCUCUGGAAACCAAAGCAGCAGCUGGAUGAGAAGGACACGCUGGAGGGGACCGGGAGCAACUCCAAGGUCUCCUCCGUGGCCAAGGAGGCCAUGCCAAAAACAACGGAAGAGGAGAAGAGAGAUGUCCCCAAGAAAAGGGCUUCGCUCCAGGACCUGUGGGAGGAGAUCAGCAAGUUUAAGGAGGCGCAGUCCAGCCUGGAACAGGACGUGCGGGAGAUGAAGGAGGCCAUGCAGGAGGCGCAUUCUGGCCUGGAACAGGACAUCCAGGAGGUGAAGGAGGCACAUGUCGGCCUGGCAGAGGACAUGCAUGCCCUGCAGGAGGCGCAUUCCGGCCUGGCGGAGGACAUCCAGGAGAUCCAGGAGACGCUUGGCCUGGAGGGUGGUGGGGGCCAGUCUGCCCCCGCUGAGCCCACCCAGGUGGCCAUGGACAGCCAGGCCAGGAGGAGCUCAGCACUGGAGCCAAAGGGACGUGGGACACAGCCUGGGAUGGAGACCAGCAAGGGGACUGCAGGGUCUGGCUCCCCGGGGAUGCAAGCAGGGAUACAGGGGCAACCAGCGACCCCUGUGAAGUUGUCAGGCGCUCCCUCCAUUCACAAGAGGUCUAUUGGUGCCAACGCCACCACCUCGGGGAUGCAGCCAGGAUCCCCGGGCACCCAGGCCAGCACCUCCCUGGGGACACAACCAGGGGCCCCUGAUGCCCAGGCCAGCACCGUGGGGAUGCAGGCAGGAUCCCCUGGGACCCACACCACCACCCCUGGGGUGCAGCCUGGGUCCUCCAGCUCCAAAGCCACCAUCCCAGGGGAUGCCCAAGAGCCGGCCAAGCCCUGGGGCUCCACCAGCACCUCAAGCUACGAGUCGGAGAUGCGGGAGGUGCUGUCACAGGUUGGGCAGCUCGGCCAGCUCUGCGCUGGUCUGAAGGAACAGGUGGAGCAGCUUAAAUCUACAAAAGCAGAAAGCACAGAUCUUGAGGACGUGCGCCGGCUCUUCCCAAAGGGAGGCCGGCAGAGCAUCACCAGCAUCCUGGCCGACCUCAGGUGCCAGGUGUCCUUCCUGCAGGACAUGGCCAGGGCCCUCCACGGGGAGAAGGAGAAGAUCAGCAAGGUGGAGGAUGCUCCCAGAAAGACGAGGGGGUCUGGAGCCGGUAGGAAAGCAGACGGCAGUGGCCAGAUGACCCAACAGCCACGGCCCAAGGGACAGAAGGUCAAGGCAGAGCGCAAGGAGCUGGGGAAGCAGCAGGAGCCAACCCAGGCCGAGCUGGAGCAGUUUGCGGCCAAGUACGUGAAUAAGUUGGUGAUGGAGGCAGCACAGCAGCUGCAGGCAGAGCAGGUGGACGAGCCGAGGACGACGGCGCAGAGCGGGGGACACGAACACGCAGGGUGCCACGUCUGCAGCCCGGACACCAGGGUGCUGCUGGGGAAGCUCCUCCAGCGCUGCGAGAAGCUCGAGGAGCAGGUGGAGUCCCUGGUCCAGAAGGCGGGCAGCAAGGUGGAGAGUCAUCCGAAGUGGAGGAGACAGUCCCUGCAGCAGGACGAGCAACUCAAGUGCCUCCAGGCCAGCAUCAUGCAGCUACAAAAGGACUAUGAGAAGUUGAGCUCGGCCCUUGCAAACCUCCAGCAGGAUCGUCAGCAGAAGCAGAAUGACAUCAAGGCUCUGUCCCAGGCCCUGGGGAGGCUGGAGAAGAAGCAAGCAGACAAGGAGGAGAUGCUGGUGCUGGGAAUCGAUGAGAAAGCAGACAAAGCCGCCCUGGCUGACAAAGUCAGUCGCAGCCAGCUUGAGGCGUGCGAGGAGCGGCUGACCAAGAUGAUGGAGGAGGUGACGAGCCAGGUGACGGGCCAGGAGAAGGGCUGGCACCAGUUCCAGCGAGAGCUGCAGAGACAGAUGGACUGCAAGCUGGACCGCCGGGAGCUGGGGGCGUUCCGGCAGCAGCAGGAGGAGCGGUGGAAGAGCCUCAGCGGGCAGCUCCAGGAGAAGGCGCUGCAGGCAGAGCGUGACGAUGCCGCUGGGAUUAGGAAGCAGCUGCUGCCCGGUUUCCAUUGCCUGUCCUGCGACCGGCCCCUCAACAUGCUGGCACCUGGACCGGAGCGGACGGGCGAGUGUAGAUACCCCACUGUUCCGCGGAGCUGCGGAGGCCAACACACCGUCACGCCCCCGCGUUUCCAGCCCCAACCGCCCAGCACCCCACGGCCAUCCAAACCCAGUGCCCGCAGCCCCAACAAGAAGGACGCGAUGCAGCUGUCGGGCCAGGACGGCACUGAUGGGAACCAGCAGGACGAGCAGCUCUCCAUGAUGGGGGGCUCUGAGCUGCCCACAAUGCCAAGGGCCACCCCAGACACCCCGACCUCCAGGAACCGGCCAAGCACCCGCUCCUCGCUGAGAUCAGCCGUGCUGCAGCACCUACCAGUCUCGUCUCCCAGACGCUUCACCCUGGCACCGCAGCUGCUGCCGCCCAUCCCGCCCCCCCGCCGUGAACCAACCCCCUGACAGCCGGGCAGGACGGGGUCCCGGCCCCGGUCCCACCGCCCCGGGCACUGAGCAGGCAGCGGCUGCAAUAAAUGGCGAUGGGAAACCAA